AUGGAAAAAUAUGACAAUUCUUAAAGAAAAAAAUUUUCAAUACAUUUUAUUCCAUACUCAAGUAAUUUAAACGCUCUUGUUAGAGAAUUAACUUUGAUGAUUCAAUUUGUAGAGUUAAAAAGUUUGAUUGAUGGUCAAUUGCUUGAAAUAGAGAUAAAUUCAAAAAAUCAAGAUUUUUAAAUAUACCUUUUUGAAAAGGUUGAAGACAUUUAAAAUUUACUAAAUUAGAAAUGGCUUGGAGCUUUGUAUUUUAUAUAAAUAAGCUCAUUUUCUGAAAAAAUACGUUUUUAGUAGAAGCUUAGUGAUUUGCAAAUGGACAGUGCCUGUAUAUAUCAAUGGGCAGAUAUAUCUAAACCCUUUUAUAAACUAGAAUAAAUUUUAUCAAAAUUUGAGGCAAUUAAUUGUAUAAUAAAGAACUACUAGAUAGAAACAGAGGAUGAAAAAGCUAACUUUGUAAAUGAGAUGCAAUAAGAAAAGGAUAAAUACUUAAUAUUUUUAAAGCAACUUGAGUUAAUAAAUAAAGAAUAUGGUCAUUAAUAUAGAAAAGAAAUAAUUUUUGAAACUAUUAUUUUAAAUAAUUUGUAAUAAAAUGUGUGCAAUUUAAAACAUUAUAAAAUUAUUAAAUAUUUUAUGGAUUGA